AUGCUCAUCAAGCGAUUAGUCGGCCACCAGCUGAUCCAGCAGAAUAAGUUGAUGUGGGACGAAAUCUGGUCCCUGCGACACAUGCUGGAUGAGUUUCGCAAUCGGAAUGACCAAAUCUCCGAAGGGAGAAGGCAGCAGACCGACUUCUGCGACACGCAGCACCGGGAUCUUCUGCGGCGGCAAGCGCAGAUGAUUCUGGAAGACCUCCGCAGCCAAGCGAACGCUUGUGGUCACUCAGUGGAGGACAUGGUCCCCGAGUUGCGGAAUGGCCACCUUCGGAGUUUCGUCCUGCAGGAGGAUGCCGGCUAUGGGAAGGCCAGGGAUGCUGUACCACCAGCAACUCCAUCGACGAGACCCUCCACUGCCAGCACGCGCCUCUCUUGCAGCACACCCGAUCUGCUGCAGAACUUGGCGACGCUCCCCUCCCUCCCCAUGGGACAGCCACUAGGGCUGGAUGACAUUGAUGAGGUUGCUGCGGGAAUUCGAGAGAGCCUCGAGGCAGAGCACCAAUGGCUUUUGGCGACUAUCGCUGAGGAGUAUCAGCAGCUGGAGUUGGAGGAUCAACGUCGUGCGACCCUCGCCCGCUCCGACUGCGAGCCCUCCACCGCGCAGCUGAAGCGCUUCCUUGGCCGCUUACAGGACGUCCAGGCAUCACCAGGGCUCAAGGCUCUCACGCUGAGCAGCAGCCUUGCAGAGCCCGCGCCUGCGCCGGUAGUGGGCGGUGCAAGCGUUCGGCGCUUGCAGGCCCUCAUCAGCCUUCGGCGUCAGAAUGCCUCCCAAGCUCUGAAGCCCGUGCAGGAGGCCGAGCAAGAUGCCCCGACAGCGAAGGGAGCAAAAGGCGCUGGAUACCCGGCGUCGGGGUUUUUAUCUGGGAUCACCUUGAGUAUGGGCCCCGGCAAGCAGGAGUUCGAUCCGUUCUUUGGCGACCCUAUCUAG